CUGCGGCCACACCACAAACUUAAAAGCUUCCCUCUAGAACAGAGCGUGCCUCUCCUUACCACCAGCCCCUAGCAAAAUCUCCAGCUGUAGCUACGCUCGGGGCUAGUCCCCGCACGGCGUUAGAGGGAGCUUCAGCGCCCUCUGCUUUCCGAUUCCGCUUUUGCAGCAGCUGCCGCAGCCGCCUUCCGCAGCAGCCAGGGCCGCUGCUUGAGCAGCCGCGGCUCAGCCCGAGCUGCUCGCUCCGAGGUGGAGCGAGGCCAUCCCACGGGUUUGCAACCUUAGCCUCAUAGCUGAAGACGCAAGUUUAUUCUCCCUCGCUCUCGGGAAAUACAGCAGGAAAAGAAAUUUAAAAAUAAAAAAUAAAAAAGAAGAAGAAGAGAGAGGAAGAUCUAAGCCAGGUAAAGAAAGCGCAUCUCGGGUCACCUGCAGGUGGGCUGGUGCACUCUUCUUAGUAACUUAAGACUUGUUAAGCCAGAGGGCAGGGCAAGGCCAGGAGACUCAGUGAGGUGCCAAGCUGGGACGCGGAGCCGGAACCCGCACAGCCUUGAGCGUGGCGGAGAUAAGGAUUAAAUUAGCAUUGUCCAAAAGAAGGGCCUUUUUUAGCCAUGAAUGCCAAAAAGGAUCAAAGAGAAAAGUGUGGAAGCCAAGAUUUACACCUCCUGCAUGCCUUUGUUAUACUAAGUAUGAUUGUGGUGUUGCUUCCAGUCAUUGGAACAUCUAAACAAAAUAUUCCAAGGCUCAAACUCUCAUACAAAGACUUGCUGCUUUCAAACAGCUGCAUUCCCUUCUUGGGUUCAUCAGAAGGACUGGAUUUCCAAACCCUGCUGUUAGAUGAAGAGAGGGGUAGGCUGCUGCUUGGAGCAAAGGAUCACAUCUUCCUGCUCAACUUAGUUGACUUAAACAAAAAUUUUAAGAAGAUUUACUGGCCUGCAGCAAAGGAAAGGGUGGAAUUAUGUAAAUUAGCUGGAAAAGAUCCUUAUACAGAAUGUGCAAAUUUCAUCCGAGUGCUUCAGUCUUAUAACAGAACUCAUGUUUAUGUAUGUGGGACUGGAGCCUUUCACCCAAUAUGUGGAUACAUUGAUCUUGGAACUCACAAAGAGGAAAUCAUAUUUAAACUGGAUACACAUAAUUUGGAAUCUGGCCGACUGAAAUGUCCUUUUGAUCCUCAGCAGCCUUUUGCUUCAGUAAUGACAGAUGAAUACUUAUAUGCUGGAACAGCUUCAGACUUCCUCGGCAAAGACACAGCAUUUACACGGUCACUUGGGCCUACUCAUGAUCAUCAUUAUAUCAGAACUGACAUUUCAGAGCACUACUGGCUCCAUGGGGCAAAAUUUAUUGGAACUUUUCCCAUACCUGACACAUACAAUCAAGAUGAUGAUAAAAUAUAUUUCUUCUUUCGUGAAUCAUCACAAGAAGGCAGUACCUCUGAUAAGACUAUAUUAUCUCGAGUUGGAAGAGUUUGUAAGAAUGAUGUAGGAGGACAACGUAGUUUGAUAAACAAAUGGACAACUUUUCUGAAGGCCAGAUUGAUUUGUUCAAUUCCUGGCAAUGAUGGAGCAGACACUCAUUUUGAUGAGCUUCAGGAUAUCUUCUUACUUCCCACAAAAGAUGAAAGAAACCCUGUGGUAUACGGUGUUUUUACUACAACCAGCUCCAUCUUUAAGGGUUCAGCUGUUUGUGUUUAUAGCAUGGCUGACAUUAGAGCAGUUUUCAAUGGCCCAUAUGCUCAUAAAGAAAGUGCAGAUCAUCGAUGGGUCCAGUAUGAUGGAAGAAUUCCUUACCCAAGACCUGGAACAUGUCCAAGCAAAACAUAUGAUCCAUUGAUUAAGUCAACCAGAGAUUUUCCAGAUGAUGUUAUUAGCUUUAUAAAGAGGCAUCCUGUGAUGUAUAAAUCAGUAUACCCUGUGGCUGGAGGACCUACUUUUACUAGAAUUAAUGUGGAUUACAGAUUGACACAGAUUGUGGUGGAUCAUGUUAUUGCAGAAGAUGGUCAAUAUGAUGUAAUGUUUCUAGGAACAGAUAUUGGAACGGUACUAAAAGUUGUCAGCAUUGCAAAGGAAAAGUGGGAUAUGGAAGAGGUAGUUCUAGAGGAGUUGCAAGUAUUCAAGAAUCCAUCAUUGAUAUUGAAUAUGGAGAUAUCUUUGAAACAACAACAAUUGUACAUUGGUUCCCGAGAUGGAUUGGUUCAGCUCUCUCUGCACAGAUGUGAUACGUAUGGGAAGGCCUGUGCAGAUUGUUGCCUUGCCAGAGAUCCCUACUGUGCUUGGGAUGGAAAUGCAUGUUCUCGAUAUGCACCAACUUCCAAAAGGCGAGCUAGGAGACAAGAUGUAAAAUAUGGAGACCCCAUCACUCAGUGCUGGGACGUAGAAGACAGCAUUAGUCAUGAAACUGCUGAUGAAAAGGUGAUUUUUGGCAUUGAAUUUAAUUCAACCUUUCUGGAAUGUAUUCCUAAAUCCCAGCAAGCCUCUAUUAAGUGGUAUAUCCAGAGAUCUGGAGAAGAGCAUCGAGAGGAGCUGAAACCUGAUGAAAGGGUCAUCAAAACUGAAUAUGGACUGCUGAUUCGCACUCUGCAGAAGAAGGAUUCCGGGAUGUACUACUGCAGAGCACAGGAUCACACAUUCAUCCACACCAUCGUGAAGUUGACUUUGAAUGUUAUAGAGAAUGAGCAAAUGGAAAAUACUCAGAAAGCAGAACAUGAGGAGGGAAGGGGCAAAGAUCUACUGGCUGAGUCCCGGCUGAGGUACAAAGACUACAUGCAAAUCCUCAGCAGCCCUAACUUCAGCCUGGACCAGUACUGCGAACAGAUGUGGCACCGGGAAAAACGAAGGCAGAGAAACAAAGGGGGUGCUAAAUGGAAGCACGUGCAGGAGAUGAAAAAAAAGAGAAAUCGUAGACAUCACGAGGACCCUGAGCAUCUUUCUAGAGCCAUGGCCACGUAGUCCUUCCUCUUUAUCUUCAGGCAAUGAAACUCUUCCCUGCAAAAGAAAAAUGCUAUGUUCUAUCUUAGCCUCUCUUCAAGGAGAUUUGCUCAUGUACAAUAAUAGUAAUCUGGAUGAGACUGUAAUGGGAAAUACAGGUGCCUAAGGGGAAUUUAAUAAUUUAAAACCAUUUUGUUCUGAACUGACAUGAUAAAUCCAAGAGUCCAGAAUCCCUGAUGAAAUUGGAAAUUUCUUUUGAGUUUUUUCCCCUAGUUUGUUGUUUUAUUUAGUUAGGUCAUAAAGAUAAGUGAACUUAGUCCAGUUGAAUAAUUUUCAUUUAUAGUGAUUCAUUUUGCUCUUAUAUACUUUAAAAUGUCAGUUUACUAUGCAUCAGUGCUGUUUGUGAACAAUUUAUUUCACUCUUGAGCUACCAGUAUCAUGGUAGUGAGUAGAAUGAUUGUACAGCAUAGAACAGUUCACAUUAUCAAUGAAAUUUUCCCAGUGAGUCAAGCACUACUGGAGCAUAUGUUAGGCAUUUAGUGAGGUACAUUGAUUCUUCCAGGCCAUGGUGGUUCCAUUUAGUACAGUGGAGCUAUGAUUUACUCAAGACUUAAAUAUAUCUCCCAGAAUUCACAGCUCCUAACAGGGAAGAGCCAGGAAGAUAUGUGAUUUUUUUAGAACAUAUGCUCAUGUAUAUAAGGAUCAAAAUAGUUGAGGAACUGUCAGAACACAAGGUGCUAGUUAUUUAGUAAAAUAAGAUAAUAAAUGUGAAAUAGCAGAUAAAAGAAAAACAAUAAAUUAUCUACAAUGCUCUAAUGUAUAGGCAUACAAAUGGGAUUUGCAAGCUGACAGAGAAAAAAUACAAUCAUAAAUUUUUGGCUUCAGGGAAUAUCUAUUUUCUCAUUAAAAAAAAAAAAAGAAAAAUCACAAAUUAAAUGGGAGAAAUGUAAUGGAGCUUUAUUCAUUAGGGCAUAAGUAGUUGCCAAUUUGCAAUCCAUCUGCUAAAAUGAAAUCUGAAGUAAAACAAACUGCCAGCAUGAUACUGAAGAGUACAUUUUGUAGGUGAUUAUGGGAAGGAUGAACUCAAAUUUUAUUAACAAACAAUGGGAUUCUGGUGUAUACUUUCUUCUGUUUUUCUAAAAAUUUGCCAUGCUCUGUCAUUAUUUCUCCUUGUUGCAACAGUUCUUCCUCCUUUCCCUUCUUUAGGUUAGGUUAUAUUUAAGAGUAGAAUAAUAGGAAGAAAUCAAAAGAUGAUAAUGGAGGAUGAGCUAAAUUUUUGGUGGUUGGCAGAACCAGUGCACAAAAUAAUAAUGAACGGAAAGAGUUAAAAUAACUCUUUGACUUUUUGUUCUUUUACAAUGGCUUUUGGAUUUAGAAUUAUGUAUUACAAUUCAAGCAGAAUUGUCCUAAUUCUUUUUUAAUAUAAAUAAAAUGUCCAAAUAUAGAUAAGUAAAAUUAUAAGUUUAAGAUGAUCAGGUUUUCAUGUUUUCAUUCUUUUAAAUUCUCCUUUUAGCUUUCCUUUUUGAAUAUGCACAUAUGCACAUGUCUCUUUUGUGCAGGACAUACCUUCUCUUCUCCCACUUCACAACCACGCUUAGCCAGCCUUUCUCUGUUUUGCUUUUUCACGCUUUUUUGAGUGUGAAAUGGAAAAUUAGCCACUUCCUUCCAUGGAAGAAGGCUUUGAAUGAAAAUAUAAAUGACAGACUUUGCUUUUUUCUCAUGCAUUUGACACAUCCUGAGAGGAAGCCUGUGGGAAAAGUAUAUGAUUGGAGGGCAUCUCAUGAGGACUUGAACUUAGAAUCUAUCAUUUUGGCUCUAUGCUUUGUAAAUUUCCUCUCUCCCAUCCUCAUUUUAGUUCUUGUUGGCCUAUGUCAUAUUUAACAUGCCUUUGUAUGAGAGCUCACAUUUUAUUUUUAUAUAUACCUUCACAUAUUUGUGGAUGUGUUCAAUGCUGCCAAUUUUUUUUAAAGAAAAACACUGAAGAAAACCAAAAUUGAAUAGUUACAAAAAAUGAAAGAAUCACUUCAAAUAAUGGAUAUUAAUUAAUUUAAUUAAUGAAUUUCUGAGUUGAAAUUUUCAUGAGUUACUUCUAGAUCAAGAGAAAACAUGAUGACAAAUUUAUUUUUUUUCAGAUAUACCUACAUAGUUUGUUGAUAGCAACUAAAAUUGUAGAUUAAUAUGAGAAAUACUUAAAUGUCAACAUUAAAUAAAUCCAAUUAGUAAUAUAAAAAUAAUUUGAAAAUUCAAAAAGAAAAAUUCCCUUAAUCCUUAAAAUUGCUGAAUGUUUAGUUAUGAUGAAGUGUUCAUGGGGGCAUUUUUCCAAAAUGUCCAGAGAGAAAUAGUACAUUAGGAUAUAAGGAAUAAAAGGGCUUCUAAAUGUGUUCAUUGCUGGUGGCUAGUAAAAAAAAAAAAAUACUGGAAAUGUGAUUAGUAAAAUAUAAAUCCCACAUGAGGUAUAAUCAUUAACCCAUUGUUUGUAAAAAUUUUAAGUCUAAUAAAAUGAUCUAUCAAAGAAUACUGGAUUUAUUCAACAUUAGUUGGAUUCAAUCAUUAUAACAUGUAUAUAUGUAAUAUACUUAUGUGUGCAUAUAGACAGUUAUGAUUAAAUGUUUUUAACCUUUGAUUAUCUUUAAAAAACAUUAUAAAUUAUUCCUUUUCAUACAUAGAACUCACAACAACCAACAUCUUUUGCCCACAAAUUCACUAGAGCUGCUAUUAAACAACUUAACUGACCAAUUUACAAUUUUGCUUCUUUUGCCUUUUUUUUUUUUGAAAUUUUAGUAUAUGUUAAGCACUGAAAUAGACAAAUAUGAACAGGAAAGGGAACAGGAAGCAAUUUCAUAAAACUUAACAAUUAAUUUUGAAAAUAAUGUGGUUUUGAUAUGCUUGUAAAGUUCUCCUCUGAUGCUCUGCAGGGACUAUGGAUUUUCAAAGAGGGUAUCUAAAAUCAUGUAUUCUUAGAGGUUGGACCAAAUUGGAAAAAAAAAAUUUGUACAAUAUUGGUUGGUGAUGAGUUGUAUAUCUAUUGUCUGGCUAAGUUUGGGGAUAAUUAUCAGAUAUUUAAGUACAAGGUAUGAGGGGAGGGGACCAAGUAAACUAAGAGGAGUCACUGUAUUCUUCAUGGUGCAAGAACCAUUCCCACUGAUGAAAUUAUGGAAACUUAAAGUUAAUAUAGACAUAAUUUAAAACUAUAAGUAAUAGUGUUACUCUAGACUACAAAGUACUUUUUUUAUGUGUGUGAGCACCAUAAUAUUUAUCUUCUAUUCUCCACAAGUAAUGAUACGUUUCUAAUUGCAUAUCAGUAAAUAAUCAAUAAAUACUUAUUGAUUGGAAAGUAAUUGCAGAAGAAUGUAUAUUUCUUUAGUAUUUUCACAAUACUCUCAUUGGAAAAAUUUAGGGUUUUGGUGUUUUGGUUUUUUUUAUUUUUGUUUUGUUUUUUAUCUUCUGGUUUAUAUUCAUUAAAAAAAAAAAAAACUAUUCUGACUUUGUUACUUCCUACCUAAUAGUGCCAUGAACAACA